CUGUCUACAAGUGGAGUGUCCACUUCUCCCAAUGAAACUGAUAUCCUUCUUUCGGCAUUUCUCUUCACUUUGCUUGCGAUUCUGCAAUAGGCGAGACGGGUUGAUUCGCCUUAACUUAUGCCUCCAAGACUCGCUUUUAUUCCCUUAAUAAGGCGUUGGUUAAUGCGUUUUUGUUCCAUAAUAUGCUUCCUCUCGCGGGUUCUUUCAGAUAUUCCCUCUCCAGUUUUGUCGUCUCUGUGUUUGUAGCAAUAAUCGGACUCUUUUUCAGGAUUCAGGUCGAUUAUGGAACUGUUGAGUCUGUUCUUGCACUUGAUGGCGACGAACGGGAAACAGUCGCGUCAAUCGAAGCACAGGAUGAUCAAGAACUCUUAGGGGAAGAAGCUGAGAUCGUUUCUGUUGUAGCUUCUAAUUCGAGCAAAUUUCAGGUGGAACACACGGCACAAAUCCAUGGAUUCGUGGAAGAAUCGGAAACUACCAACUGUUUUGUCGAAGAAUUGUACUGUGAUGCUUCGCCUUCUUCUUCAGGUAAUCAAACUCCUGAUGAUGAUUUUGAAUGUUAUAGCGGAAAGUAUUUAUGUGAAUUCAGUUCCGAAACAGAAGAAGGUUUUGAUGAUGUGAAACUAGAAUUAUUUAGCACCGAUGAGGCCUUGGAAAAGGAAGAUGAACACGAGGAUUUGAAAUCUAAUGAAGAUGGCCCAAUUUUUGAUGAAUUGCCCGAAGUUUCAACUCCGUUGGGAGAUUGUUCCUUUCCUUUUUCAGAUUCAGACUCGGAAUCUCCCAGUUUUGAUGAAGAGUUCAUAGAAAUAGAAUUAGAAUUAGAACCCCGUUUACAUGUUUCAAAUAAUGCCCAAGUUUGUCCUGUAAAUGAUUGGAGCGAGGAGGAGAGUAAAGAUUGUUUGAGGGAAUCACUGGAAACAGAAAGGGACGAGAAGGGGAUGGAAUUUGAGGAGGAGGAGGAGGAAGAAGAAGAAGAAGAAGAAGAAGAAGAAGACGAUGAAUUCUCGCAAGAACACCAAGAUUUGAUAGCCCAACUCAAAAUAGAGCUAAGAAACUCAAGAACAGGAGGACUUCCAACCGUACAAGAAGAAGAAGAGGCAGGCCCAGAAUAUAUGAGUCCUACAUCAGUCGAAGUUCUUAAACCUCUCAAAAAUGGUGGAAAUUUUGAACACAGAACAUUCAAAGAGAUCCAAAAGGUCUACAAAACUUAUGCUCAAAAAAUGCGAAAGCUUGACGUCUCCAAUACCCAGACAAAUUAUGCAAUUGAUUUUAUUAAGUUGAAAGAUCCAUUUAGUUCAAUGGAUGAAAAGAAAUCUGGCCUUAAAUCUGUUGUGUCCCACAAGUUAAGGGCAGAGAGAGCUGUUAAGGGCUAUCCAAAUUUGAUGAGAGACUUAAAGAGGGACAUGGAAAUGGUGUAUGUUGGACAUCUUUGCCUCUCUUGGGAAGUUCUGCAUUGGCAGCAUAGGAAGGCCAUUGAGCUCCAACAAAACGACACUCGAGGAACCUCUCGGUACACUCGUGUCGUUAAUGAAUUUCAAUUCUUCUGCAUCCUCAUUCAAAGAUUCGUCGAAGACGAGCUGUUUUGCGGCCCUCGAAUCAAUAACUACGUGAAAAACAGACUUCUUGUUCGUAGUCUCCUUCAAGUUCCAGCCAUUAGAGAGGAUUGUGUAAAUGACAAAAAGUUGAGAGGCAAAGAAGGUGAAAGUACCAUCUCAACUGCAGCUCUAGUAUCAAUGAUCGAAGAAUCGAUGUGGGUUUUUCGGGAUUUUUUACGUGCUGAUAAGGAUGUCAGGAGUACGAAGAUCAAGUGUGCUGAAGUAGAAGUUAAUGCACAAGCUAUGAUGAUGGAAAUAAGAACUGAGCUGCGAAAGAAGGAGAGAAGGCUAAAGGAGAUAGUGAGAGGUGGGCAUUGUAUAGUAAAGAAGUUGAAAAGGGUUAGUGAAGUAGAAGAAGGGAGAUUGAAGAAUGAAUUGUUGAUAGCGGAGGUUGAACUGAAAUUGGUAUCAAGAGUGGUGAGUAUGUGCAGACUAACGGAGAGCCAAUUGGUUUGGUGCCAUAAAAAGCUACACCAAAUCAAUUUUGUGAAUAGGAAGGUUAUUAUAGAACCUUCAUUUUCCUUUUUCCCUUCUUGACGUCCUCUAAAUCACAAUAGUUUCUCCCUAUAUAUGUACUGAUCUUCUUCUUCAUACAUAGAAUCAAUAC